UGAACAAGCAGCAGCACAGUGGCUGUGAGCUCUUACAGGCACACAUGCCCCUCCAUGCAGGUAAACAGGAUGGGUGUCUGGGUCAGCUUCUCCCUCCCCUGGUCUUCACGCCUACUCUUCCCCUGGGGGUGGCUGACCCACCCAAUUCCCCUGCUCCGCGCCCAGGGCUCCUGAACUCUCAAUGACAGCUGCCUGAACCCUUCCUUGCCACUAACAGAGGUAUGCCACUCUGUUCACACCGGGGUCCCCAGAACCUCAGAACUUAACUACAGCCCCAGAAUUCCCUAUGUCUAACUGCCAUGGGGACAUGUGGGAAGACAGGCACCUGCAGGCAGAGGCAUGCCAGGAGAGAGAUGGGAACUGGAAAUGGUCACCUUUCUCCAGUCUUUGCACCCCUGAGCAUGCUGGCUUACUCAAGACGGGUCCUCUACCCUGUGGCUUUGCUCUCUUUUUUACCCUUGGGGGUCUCACUUGUUUGUGAGCCUUGUUUGCUACGUACCCCCACCCUGCCGCCUCCAGAAGACAGCAACACCUAUCUCCUCAGAUGCUCCUGUCCCCACCCUGCGCCCCAAAUUCCUGGGGUUAGGCAACUGGAACACCUUUGCAUCUGUCUCAUCUUAUUCUUUCCCCUCCCUCCCUGACGGCCCGCUCGCUCCCUCGCUAGCUCGCUCGCUCGCUCGAGAGCGCUCUCUGUUUCAACACAGGCUCUCACUCACAAUUAAGCUUCAUUACCCUAUCUAUGGAUAGGCCCUGAGUCACUGGAGGAGGGAUCUUAGGCGGCCCAGCCCUGUUACUUUUCCCAACCUACAGUAUAAGGGGUAGUGGCAAGAAGGAAGACUCUGGAAAGCAGGGGAGUCUGGGAAGAGAAGGCUGUGGGUCUGGGGAAGGGAGAAUAGGAAGCAAGGAGGGAAAGGCAGGUCUCAGCCCAGAGGAAGAGAAGGGAACAAGUGGACUGGGCUGCAGAGAUUCUCAGGGGAGAGAGGGAGCUGGGCAGAGAUGAAGCCACAAGGGUCUCUGGCCUGUCUCCUGCUGGCCCUAUGUCUGGGCAGCGGGGUAGCUAAUCCGCUGCACAGCGGAGGGGAGGGCACAGGGGCAAAUGCUGCCCCCGGAAUGGGAGGUACCAUUAGCCAUGGAAUUGGAGAGUCUGUGGGCCAAGGGGCUAAAGAAGCAGCCAGCUCUGGAAUCCAGGAUGCCCUGGGUCAGGGGCACGGCGAAGGUGGCUACGCACUGAUGGGGGGCAGAGGCGAUGUUUUCGACCACCAGCUUGGGGAGGCAGCUCGAUCUCUGGAGAACGCUGGGAAUGAGAUUGGCAGACGGGCUGAGGAUGUUAUUCGCAGAGGGGUAGACGCUGCCCACAACUCUGGGUCCUGGGGGACAUCUGGAGGUCAUGGCGUGUAUGGCUCUCAAGGUGGUUUUGGAAGCCAGGGCAAUCCUGGUGUUGAAGGGACACCCUGGGCCUCAGGAGGCAACUAUGGAACUAACUCUCUGGGUGGCUCUGUGGGUCAGGGUGGCAGUGGCAGGCCGCUCAACUAUGAAACCAAUGCCCAGGGGGCUGUGGCUCAGCCUGGCUAUGGAGCAGUGAGAGGCAACAACCAGAAUUCAGGGUGUACCAACCCCCCACCUUCUGACUCCCACGAAAGCUUCAGCGACUCUGGGGGAAGCAGCAAUGGCGGCAGUCAUGGUGGCCAAGGCAACCAAGGCAGCAAUGGUCAGGGCAACAGCGGCGGUAACAGCGGCCAAGGCAGCAGUGGCAGCAGUGGCAACAGUGGCAACAACGAGGGCAGCGGUGGCCACAGUGGUAACAGCGGCGGCAACAGCGGUUCUGGGUCCCGGGACCUGGAAACGUCUAAUUUUGAUGAUGGCUAUUCAGUUUCCAGGGGAACUAGCUCAUCCUCCGGCAGCAGAGGUGGUAGUGGUGGUGGUGGAAACAGACCCGAGUGUAACAACCCAGGGAAUGACGUGCGCAUGGCUGGAGGAUCUGGGAGUCAGGGGCACGGGUCCGGGCACGGGUCCAAUGGUGGCAAUGUACAAAGAGAUGCUGUCAGUGGACUCAACACCAUGAACUCCGAUGCAUCUUCCUUGCCUUUCAACUUGGACAAUUUCUGGGAGAAUUUUAAAUCCAAGAUGGGUUUCAUUAACUGGGAUGCCAUAAACAAGGGUCGAGGCCCGGCUCCCAGCACUCGUGCCUUACUCUACUUCCGCAGACUGUGGGAGAAUUUCAAACGCAACACUCCUUUCUUCAACUGGAAACAGAUUGAGGGCUCAGAUCUGUCAUCUCUGCAGAAGAGGGCAGGUGGUGCUGACCAGUUUUCUCAGCCGGAAGCAGCAAGACAAGAUCUGUCAGCUGAGUCAGCCAAGAACUACUACAACAACGCCCAGGUGAAUCCUACUUACAACUGGCAAUACUAUACCAAGACCACCCCCAAGGCGGGAGUCACACCUUCAUCCUCGGCUUCCCGGGCACAACCUGGCCUGCUGAAGUGGCUGAAGUUUUGGUAGAACAUUCCAUCUGGUCCCAGCCGACUCCUCCUGAAAGUAGGCAGGUCUUCAGGGAGCUUGACUGUCCUUACCCACAGUCCUCUCUGAUGCGGCUGACCUACCUGGGCAUUCCAUGCCUGUCAUCUCACCUGGGGACCUGGUUUAUCUGUCCUCAUCCUCCCUGUUUGACUGUAGUGUCUUCGAGACUAAUCAGCUUCGUUGGAUAACCAGCCAGCUCUUCAGCUCUUCUUCUAUAUGUGAGCGGAAGUCCCCAGAAGGACGCAGCAGGAAUUCCUACUCUCAAGUUUCUCUGUGGAAAUAAAACAUGAUUCUUUGUUUCCCCGA